AUGCAGCCCGAGCAGAUCGUAGUCAAGAUACGAGUGCAGAGGAUUCGCACAUCUCUGAACCCGAUAAAAGUCGACAUUGUUGGCGACUUUGCGGGAAAGGCGCUCGUAGCCAUCCACGGCGAGUCGCUGCUGACUCAUUGUCUCCGAGAAGCCAACGUCGACUUCAACUAUGGCCUCCAGCUCCUGCAUGCUGUCCAUGCCGUCGAGGCGUUCCUGACCAAGCUGCGCGAUCGCGGAUGCAACUUCCACGUCCUCUGGUUUGAAACGGAACAUGAGAAUUUUGGCGCGCUCUCGGUGGAUAGGGAGGAUACAUGGUACAAAUACCGACUCGCGCGUUCCCUGCUCAUCGAGCACUUUGCUUGCCCGGGCAACCCGUCAAGUGCGACCGCGUUCAGUUUUUCGUUUCAUAGCCUGCAGAGCAGCGCCUUCUCCAAGUAUCUCGCCGAAAACACCGUUUACCUCUUUCUCGGCUACGACGACACCGAAUCCUGCGACUACAGUCUCAACCUUGGGACUUGGGAGUCGCAGGGCGAAAGUCGCGAUGAUCCCCCGCCCCGGUACUGGAUGAGACAACGGGUACAGUAUACGCCUUUGCGCAUGCUGUAUGCCAUAUCCUCAGCUGGAUAUUGUAUUGGGUUCCUCAACGACAUGGAGUUCAAGAGCUCAAAGGCCUACGGGAGAGUUAAGACGCCCAAGGGAAAUAUAUAUCCCCUCGUGGUGAAAGACUUACACCCGACUCAAGUGAAAGACUACAAAUCUCAGAUAAAGAAGAUGCAAGGGGAUAUGGAGAGGCUCAUCCAAACCGGCCUCGACAAGUCAAUGACGGCCCGGGAGAUUGUCUCCCUCCACGCGCUGUCGAGAAUGCUUGAGGGUGACCUCAGCAGAAAGAUGAUUGAUUCUCACCGGCGGGUCGCUGCUCUGCUUGUCCACCUGGUCAUCCUGGGACAUUGCGAUCUCUCUCAGCGGAGCUUGCAGCGCUGUUCCUCCACCUACCGGGUCUCCUCCGAGGUUGCGCUCGGCUUGCGGGGCGGAUUGCGGUCCGACCCAGACUAUUUUAUAUACCACUUUUUGCUUACCUGUCGAGAGUCGAUUGAAGGUUGGUUUGACGACAACCAGUUUUGUUCUCUGAGAUGGGAUAUAUUCGACCUAUUUGACGGGCGGCUCUACUUGGCAGUUUGGGACCAUCUUGGAGACAUCCGCUUGCCCCGGGAUCUUCGCAACCACCUUGACAGACUCGGAGACCUUCUGGAGAAAGAGAGCAAAUCCGACGUGUCCGGCUUCUUCCCUCCUGCCUUGGACGAAGGCUCGAUCGAGGAAAUGCGCCUCGACAACGAAAGAGAACCAUCUGCCUCGCCAGUCUCGUCCGUGCUCUCCUUCAGCCAACCCAUUGUGGACCAGUACUUGACCGAUGUCCAACUAGAUUCCGCUACUGUUCCCGAGCUUCAAACCAACCCCAAGGUCUUUCGGGAGCUGACGCACUGGCACACAUCUAAAUUGUCUCUUGAUCCCAAGCGCAUCCCGAAGCCCCGUGGGUUCAUGGCCAGGAAGAAGAAUCAAAUUUUCAUGGCCGACACCAUUGCAUACUCUGCCAGUCUCAGGGGGGCAUCUGGAAAAAACAUUGAGCCCGAGAUCAUCGUCACUCGCGGCCAAAACAGCACGAGGAAGGCCACGGCUCAGCCGUCGCAAGCCAGGCCCGACACAAAGGGCAAGAAACAGCAGGGAGAGAAGAGCGGCAAGGAAAAGGCGCAGGGAACUGCCAAAGCUUUGAAAGACCAAAAGAUGAUUGGGAAGAUGGCGGCCAUCACUUCGUCGUGGAAGGACCGAUGCCUCGAAUUCGAAAAUGGGCCGUCCCUGGUCAAGCGACACUUCAAGACCGAGAAGUAUCUGUCGGGUCUCUCGUCUGCUUACAGCGACGACAUUGGCGCCGAGGUGUCCCUUUACAUCUGCGAUCUGCUGAUGCGGAUUCAGAGCGUAUAUAAUAUUCCAAAGUCGAGGGCUCAUCACAUCACUGCCAUUAUUUGGCACCGGGCCACCAGCAUUGCAGCGUCCGGGGUGGUGCUCACCGAAGAGGCCUCCACCCUACUCGCUGGCCUAUUAGCCUCUCUCCAGAUCCCAUACAUGACGGCCCCCGAGCCCGCCCGGAAGCGCCAGUUGCCAUUCAAGGCCAUGGCUCUCGCAGGCAGCAUCACUCAGGCUGGGGCGACCCCCGUAGAGUUCCAGCUCGAGUUCUGCGGCCCGUACCUCGAGCGCAGCUUCGACUCGGCGGCGGACCCGCGCCGGGACGUGCUCGACGCCAUCGACGCGGACAAGAGCCUGUUCGUGGUAGCACCGACAUCAGCGGGCAAGACGUUCAUCUCGUUCUACGCCAUGAAGAAGGUGCUGCAGGCCGACGACGACGGCGUGCUGGUGUACGUGGCGCCGACCAAGGCGCUGGUCAACCAGAUCGCGGCCGAGAUCCAGGCGCGCUUCGCCAAGUCGUACCACGGUCCCGGGGGCCGCGCCGGCCGCUCCGUGUGGGCCAUCCACACGCGCGACUACCGCGUCAGCAGCCCGCUCGGCUGCCAGGUCCUCGUCACCGUGCCCAGCAUCCUGCAGAUUCUGCUGCUGGCGCUCGUCAACGCGCAGACCCCGACGUCCUUCUCGCGCCGCGUGCGCCGCAUCAUCUUUGACGAGGAGCAGCUGCUGCUGCUGGCGCCGUGUCCCAUCAUUGCCCUGUCGGCGACCGUGGCGAACCCGCUCGACUUCAAGGCCUGGCUCGAGAGCACACAGAAGGCCAAGGGGUUCGAGCUCGACAUGGUCAUCCACAACUCGCGGUACUCGGACCUGUGCAAGUUCUUGCACGCGCCGCCCGUCUCGGAGUGGAGGGAAUUCUGGCGGCUUGAACCUGUUGAGCGCCUUGACGUCCCCGGCCUCGAUGCCGAGGGUGGAGAUGCGUCGCCGUUUUUGUUCGUGCACCCUGUGGGGAGCAUUGUCGACAGACACCGAAACACGCUCAAUGAUGCAACACUGGAACCGAGAGACUGCCAGACGCUGUGGCGGGCCCUGAUGGCGAACCAAACCGACCGCUACCCGGUCGACCCGUCCCUCGCACCCGACCAGUCCGUGCCGAACCCGGUCAGCAAGUCCGACGUGGUGCGCUGGGAGGCGGCGCUCAAGGACCAGCUGGCGGCCUGGAUGGUCGACAGCAGCUCGCCCUUUGAAGCCGUGCGGACGCAGCUGCGCGGCCAGCCGUAUGCGAGCUACUCCGCGGCUGUGCAAAAGGAGGAGCACAUGGCAAAACUUGGCGGCACUGUAUCGAGAGCCGGGAGAGUAUAUGUGCACAGCCGUUCGGUCUUCUCGCUCGUGGUCGACCUGCGCGCGCGCGGGGCUCUGCCGACCAUCCUGUUCAACUACGACCGCACGGGCUGCGAGACCAUUCUCCAGGAACUUCUCGGCGUGCUGCAGGUGGCUGAGAGCACGUACCGAGAGAAGAGCCCGGCCUGGGCGGCCAAGAUGGCAGCCUUUGAGGAGUGGGAGAGAGGGCGCGAGGCGGCAGCACACGCCAGGGCCAAGGGCAAGAAGACGCGCUCGUCGCAUGCCGACGGCUUGGACGAUGGAGACAGCAUGGCAGACCUGCGCCGCGACGACGCAAAGAGCCGCGACUUUGCCGACACGAGUAAGAUAUCGAAGGCUGAGCUCGAGGAGAAGCUCAAGUCUCUGGAGGGCCUUGGACAGCAGCCGUACCUCAUCGAGUCCCUGCGCCGCGGUCUGGGCAUCUACCACAUGCUGUUCCGCAAGGGCUACCUCACCGUCGUCAUCGCCACUGGGACGCUGGCCAUGGGCCUUAACAUGCCGUGCAAGACGGUCGUCUUCAUGGGCGACUCGGUCUACCUGACGGCACUGAACUACCGCCAGGCGUCUGGGCGGUCUGGGCGCCGGGGCUUCGACCUGCUCGGCAACGUCGUGUUCCACAACAUCCCGCCGCACUGGGCGCUCGAGAUCAUGUCGGCCAAGCUGCCGGACCUGCGCGGCCAGUUCCCAAUCUCGGUCACACUCGUGCUGCGCCUGUUCAUCCUACUGCACGGCACCGACAACUCGGCCUUCGCCGCCGACGCGCUCAGGUCGCUGCUGACCCAAAGCCGCCUGUACCUCGGCGGCCCCGAGUCGCAGAUGUCCGUCGUGCACCACCUGCGCUUCAGCAUCGACUACCUGCGCCGCCAGUACCUGCUCUCGGCCACCGGCACGCCGCUCGACUUCUCGGGCCUCGUCGGCCACCUGUACUACACGGAGAACGCCGUCUUCGCCUUCCACGCGCUGCUCAAGGAAGGGUACUUCCACGCCCUGUGCGCCAAAAUCGCGCGCCCAACGGAGCAGCAGGCCAUCCUCGUCGAGCUGAUCACGACGCUGAGCCACCUGUUCUGCCGAAUCCCGUGCACGCGCUACAAGGACGCCGACUGGUUCGACACGGUCGUGCGCCGCUCGCCAUCGACCGUCAUCCUGCCGGACCUACCGGCCGCCGCGGCUACCAUCCUGUGCCGCCACAACGCCGACACCCUGCACAUCUUCCGCGGCUACGUGGCCUCGUACGCCGCCCAGCACCUCGCGGACGCACCCGACAAUAUGCUGCCGCUGACCAAGCACGCCGUGGCGCCAACAACACCGGAAGCUGCCAUGGCCGAGCUGCUCCCUCGCCACUCCCUCCCCGCGCCGGUGGCGCGCUCGCCGUUCGCCGCGCUGUCGGGCUUCGGCGACGAAUUCGCCAGCAUCCGUGAGCUGUGCGCUACGGUGCGCGCAGGGGUAUUCCUUGAGGAGGCCGCCGUGCCGUGCAUCCCCAUUGCGCCUGCCGAGACGGCCGCCGUGCCCUGGAACGCGUACCUGCUAGACUUCUUCAAGCACGGCGACGUCGGCGCGCUGGUCGCUGACAACGGGAUUAGGCGUGGGGACGUGUGGUUCUUUCUCAAGGAUUUUGAGCUGGUGCUUGCCACGGUUGUCGCGAGUUUGGAGAAUUUCCUGCGGCCAAGUGGUGGUGGUGUCGAGGGUGAGGAUGGUGCGUUUGGUUUUCCCGGUCAUGGGGGGGAUGAUGAUGAGGAUGAGGAUGACGACGAGCAGAGAGACUCGUAUCUUCCUAGGAGCAACAGUCGGGGUGGCCAUCCCGCCGUUGUUGCUGGUAAGGGUACUGGACAGGGCGCGAAUAGCACCAAGAGAAAGCCCGUGCUCGAGUCGUGGGAGGAAGACGAUAGCGAGGAGGAGGAGGAGGAGGAGGAGGAGGAGGAGGAGGAGGAGGAGGAGGUGGAGGAGGAGGAGAAGGCACCACCUGGCCAGCACGCUAGCAGCAGUUCGGGCGAUGCUGCGCUGAGCUAG